CCGGAUUCGACUUGAGGGCAAAGACGACUACAAAUCCCAGCACCUCCCGCGGCCUUGGAGCCCCGCCCCUGACGAACUACAGCUCCGGGUAGGCCUCGCGGCAGCGCAUACAGUGCUGAAGGUAGUUGCCAUGGAGUUGCGCUGAGUAACCCUAAGGUAGUGGGACGCCGAGGCUGGAGGGGAAGCAACUGCGGGGGGUAUUUCCAUUUUAACAGGGAACAAUCCCUGAAGCCAAAGGAAUGAAUCCCUAAUGGUGAGGUUUCAGGCAUCAGUGACAGGCUGAACCCCGGCCUAUGCUUACACCUGACAAAUGACGGCCUGAGCUAUGAGUAAACAGGACUAUACGAACACUUCGGUGCAGGAGGCCCCUCUUGACUACUCCUUCCGAAGCAUCCACGUGAUCCAAGAUCUGAUAAGCGAGAAGCCAAGGACAGGGCUACGACCACUAAGGCACUCCAAGUCAGGGAAGUCACUGACGCAGUCCCUGUGGCUGAAAAACAAUGUCCUCAAUGACCUGAAAGACUUCAAACAUGUGGUUUCCCAGCUGCUGGAGCAUCCGGAGAACCUGGCCUGGAUCGACCUGUCCUUCAAUGACCUGACUUCCAUUGACCCUGUCCUGACAACCUUUUUCAACCUGAGUAUCCUCUAUCUCCAUGGCAACAGCAUCCAGCGUCUGGGAGAGGUGAAUAAGCUGGCUGUCCUCCCUCGGCUCCGGAGCCUGACACUCCAUGGGAACCCCAUAGAGGAAGAGAAGGGGUAUAGGCAAUAUGUGCUGUGUACCCUGCCCCGUGUCACCACAUUCGACUUCAGUGAGGUCACCAAAGCAGACCGCACUACAGCUGAAGUGUGGAAACGCAUGAAUAUCAAGCCCAAGAAGGUCCGGAUCAAGCAGAACACACUCUGAGGUUCCCAGGACCCUAGCAGUCCUAAAGGCCCAAAGAUGACCAGUUUGGUUUUGCAAUAAACGAUUUGAGCUGUUCA